AUGCUUAGCCUCCACAUCAAGCAAUCCUCGCAGAUCAUCAUCACAAGCUGUUGUGGCUACACCUGUUGCGAGCACUUGGAAUGUGAAAGCUACCCUGGUUACAAAGCUCUGGCAGCACAGAGCAUUUUGCAGCAUGGUUUUGUUUUGUUGCACGGACUGUUCCUUCCCGAUGAACUCCGUGGGCUUACUACACCAGCGACUUCCAACAGUGAACGAGUGCUGUCAAUGCUCCGUGCAAAAGGCGUAGAUCUGCCGGUCGUGCUUCGGUCUCCCUGCCGAUGCGACGUUCCCUGCGACUUUGCACACUUCCCGACGGAGCUGCUGGAGAAGUUCGAGUGUAUUGCCAACGAGCUCCUCGCGGAAACCGAAAUCAGGCCUCAAAGCCGAAGGGUGUUCGCCGGCACAGUGCGUGCGUUACCUAGCUCCGAGCGCCAGAUCUGGCACGCCGACUCGCCGCAUGUGUCGUCCGAGCAUAAAGGCCCCCACCUGCUGAACGUUCUUGUGGCCACCCGGAAUCUCUCGAAGAAGAUGGGGCCCACGGAGCUUGUGCCCGGAUCUCACGUCCUCACCAACCACUUGCAUCCAACAGCGCAGUUCUCCGCAGAGGCGAAAACGUUUCGGUCGAGAAACGCGAUGUGGUCUUCUUCUCCUAUGCUCGUUUGGAUUUCGAGAUAUUUCGAGCCUGAGACCCAUUACGAAGCCGUCCGCUCUCUCAACUUUUACGACCAUGACAAGCUGUGCGAGACCGUGAGGAAGGAGUUUCCAGGUCUUCGCAGUGGUCUGAGGGAUGCACCGGUCCUGGCGGAUGGGGCGAGUGGCUCGCAGCUCCAUGAAUCCGCCAUCCAAGCUGUGCAGGAUCAGUUGACCUAUGGCAUCGCCAACAUUGGUGGUGCUUACGAGUCCAGCUCCCGGGCCGAGGCGGCCGUGUCCACGGCGCGCUUGGCGAUGUCCGACUUCCUGGGAUGUGAUGCGCCCCAGGAGGUCGUGUUUGGCGCCAGCAUGACGGCCUUGGUCCUUCACCUGGCCCGAGCCUUGGGGCCAGGCCUGGCAGCCUCGGAAGCCACAUCAGCCACGUUGGGCAUUCGCAACAUAGUGCUCGACCCCAUCAGCCGCGGUGCCAAUGUGUGGCCCUGGCUGAAGCUUGCUCGGGAGCUUGGAGCCGAGGCCCUUUCCUCUGACAGCUCUUUCGCAGUUUGGCAGUGGACAUCGUGUAACCAACGCACCUUGACGUUUGUGGAUGCCUCCUGGCUGUGCACUAUGCUCCUCACGGUCACGUCAACGUGCAUCGCAUCGGCUGCGAUUUCUUGGUUUGUUCUCCGUACAAGUUCUUCGGCCCGCACGCAGGCGGUCCUCUUCGGACGGCGCCCACUCUUGGAGUCUUUGCCAGCAGAUCCUUUGGACUGCUCCGAUGACUCAGUGCCGAGCAUGGCCAACGCUAACAUGUCUCGCUGGGAAGUCGGCGCCCAGAACUACGAGGCCCUGGCAGGCGUCACUGCUGCCGUGAACUACUUGGCCGACUUGGGCCACCGCUUCGGAGGGGCGUCUCCAAGUGCGCCACGUCCAGAGCGCCUUGAAGCAGGUUGGCACGCCAUCGAGGCUCACGAGAAUGAUCUGAAGCGCCGCUUCUUGGAAGGCUUGCAGAGCAUCAGGACAGUCCACCUGUUGGGGGAACAGGAUCCGGCCCGAAUCGCACAUCGCACUGCCACCUUCGCCGUGUGCAAGGAAAGCCUCGCACCACAGGAGCUUGCCAAGAGGCUCUGCAGCAGGGGCAUCUGGUGCACUGCUGGCAACCACUAUGCUGGGUUCUGGGACGCACACAGCGGCGGCCUUGCGACCAACGAGGAGGGAAUGGCUCGCUUGGACUUGUUGCACUACAACUCUCUCAGCGAGGCCUUCAUCAUCACGCAGCCGGUGCAGCAGGCCCUUACCCUGAUAGACGUGAUGGCGCUGCGGCGUCAGACCAGACCAGCCGGAGGUGAAGCCUUUAAGCGCCAAGAGGCCCUGGGCUGUCCGAGAAGGAGCGCGACAGGAGAGCGAACCGUGCAUCGGGCAAAUGAAUGUAUCUCUGUGUGUGUAUGA